GUCACCCCUGUAGCCAAUAUCACCCCUGAAGCCAAUGUUACUUCCAAAGCCAAUGAUAUCGCUCCUAAAGCCAAUGAUAUUGCCUCUGAAGCCAAUUAUAUUCCCUCUGAAGCCAAUUAUAUUACCCCUGAAGCCAAUAAUAGCACCCCAUCAAAUG